AUGGCGCCCGUGCAACCAAGUGUUGGCCCAUCUAGGGACGAGCGUAGAGUGUUUGGCCUUGACAAGUUCAACGGUGACAACUUUGCUGAGUGGUCCUUUAGAAUGGAGAACGUGUUUGAUCACUAUGACCUGCUGGAGGUGAUGGAAGGAACGGAGAAGCGUCCCGAGAACGACCCGGAGAAGAGCCCGUGGGUGCGGAAGAGCGCACAAGGCUACCUCCUACUAGGGCAAGCGUUGGGGAGCAGCCAGAUCCGUCACAUCAAGCCAUUCCAGCGUGAACCAGAGAAAGGACCAAAGGCAUGGGCUGCUCUCAAGCGUGUACACGCUCUUGCAACAGCGGCGGUAGCUGUGGUGUUGGAACGGCAAAUGGCGUCGUUACGAAUUGAAGAGGAUGAAGCUGUUGAAGAAGGGGUGCAGAAAUUCUUUGACUUGUUGACUCGGCUUGAGGGAGCUGAUUUGAACUAUAGUGAGCUCCAAAAGAAGACGAAGUUGCUGGCCCUACUCGCUGAGUCAUGGUUCUCACUCAUCAUCAACCUGAAUCGCGACUUGCCCCGCCUCUCGCUUGAAGACGUGAAGCGAGCUAUCCUUCAAGAGGAUUUCCGCCGCCGUGAGUUGGCGAGUGCGGAUGGCGCAGGGGCAGCGAGCAUCGGCCGUGGAUAUGGUCGCCAGGAGGGUAGAGGAGCAGGAGGAGGGAGAAGAAGAGGCAGUGGAGGCCGUGGCAGUCGCGGUGGCGGAGCUGCAAACAUGAAGAACGGAGACAACGACAAGGACCCGAGCGACGAUCGGUACCCGGGUCUAUUCUACUUCGUGUCGACCAUGACACCUCGCCCGGACUUGCUCACUGAACUCGAACCGUCACCGGUGAAGCAUGUCACAUCGGCUUUGGGGCAACGAGCGGAGGUGAAAGGCAUGGGCAAGGCCAUGUUCAAGGGUGCUGAUGGGAAGAUGGUGGGCCUCAAGAACAUCCCAGUGGUCCCUAUGCCUAAGGAGAGGCAAGUGGCAGCAAGCAUCAGCACCAAGGAUGGAGCGGCUGGUAGCGACGAUGGCACGAACGGUCGCGCUAUGGAGAAUGAGCUCAAGAAGAGCAAACCUGGAGGGACCAGCAAGUUCAGUGAACCUAAGGAGAGUGGUGCAGCAACCAAGGAGCAGCAAAAGGGUGAGGAGAACCCCGAGGGAGCAGCGAAGGAGGACUACAGAGAGAGUAUGUGGGGCGCUAUUGCGAGCGCCGCAUUCUCCAAUCCAACUUCGGCUACGGGGGAGUGUGAUUGGCCCACCUUGCAUCGGCGCAUGGGGCAUGUGGCCCUGCCCAUCUUGCAGCAGCUAGUGAAGAAUGAGAUGGUUGCUGGCAUACGUGUGAAGGGGGAGCCCAAUGAGGUACUUGGCUGCUCGACGUGCAUGCAAGCCAAGUUCACCCGAUUCCUGUUCUCUAGUUCGCAGGCGACGGCUAAGGCACCGCUUGAUGAGGUGGUGAUGGACGUGGCGGGCCCCCUGAAGCUUGGAGCUUCUGGAGCUGAGUAUUUUCUCACCAUUGUCGACGUCUACACCCGCAUGACUUGGGUGUAUGUGCUGGCCAAGAAGAGCGACGUGGCUGAAACGUUGUGGCUGAAGAGGAAUGGUAUUCGGCACUCCCUCACCAUGCCAUACUCCCCUGGAAUGAACGGCAUCGCCGAGCGAGCGAAUCGCACAAUCACGGAGGCGGCACGCGGGUUGCUCAUUGAAGCCGGGCUACCCGACUAUUUCUGGCCUGAUGCGGUGCGGAGCGCGUGUGUGGCCAAGAACAGAGCCUUGACUCAUGUGGGAGCAGACAAAUGGGUGCCCUAUGUGGAGUGGCUAGGAAGGAAGCCAAAGGUGGAUAUGCUUCGGGUGUUCGGGUGUAUGUGGAUGGCGCUCGUGCCUAAGCAUCUUCGGCACAACAAGCUUGGUGCCAAGGCGGUGUGGGCCGUGCACUUGGGCAUGGCUCAAAACAGCAAGGGAUGGCUUCUUUGGGACCCAUUCACCAAGAAGUUCUUGGUGAGCAGGGACUGCAAGUUCAUGGAGAACUUCAUGUACAAGGAUUGGAAGGCGGAGAAUGAGGCGAAGAUAUGCGUGCGGUUUGGGGAGGUGAAGAGUUCCGGUUUGGAGCAUGUGGAGCUGCCUUUGGAGCUGAGCAGCGGCAGCACAACCACAAGGCAAUCCUCCCUUGUGAAUGGGGGAAAGGAGACCAAUGAUGCAGAGGAAGAAGAGGAGGAGGUGCAGCAAGUGAGCGAGCGUGCACCGACACUUCCUUCCCGCACUACGAGCGCUCCACGGAUCCGAGCCACACCGCAGCAACGCCAAGGCCUUCAAGUCUCUGCAGCUAAGGAGGAAGAAAGGGGGAAGAGGAGAAAUCAACCCUCUAAUAGGCUGACCUAUGAUGCGCCGGGAAAGCAGGGCAAGACAGCCCUGGCUGGAGCGGCAAUGAUGGUCGGAGACGACGAGGAGAGUGACUACGAGGAGUGUGCCUUCGCGUUCUUCUCUCCGGUGGAGAUGCCGGGAGAACCAGCAACUCUCAAGGAGGCUUUAGAGAGUAGUGAUGCUGAGGAGUGGAAGAAGGCAAUGGAGAGUGAGCUGAAGAGCAUCGAGGAGAAUGACACGUUUGAAUUGGUGGAGCUACCGGAGGGGCGUACGGCGAUAACGUCCAAGUGGCUCUUCAAAAUCAAGUCGGAUGCCAACGGCAAGAUCGAGCGCCACAAGUCUAGGCUUGUAGCCAAGGGGUACCAGCAGAAGGAGAAGGUGGACUUCAAGGAGCUGUUUGCCCCUGUGGUGAAGCCGACGACGCUGCGAACCCUAUUCGCGGGAGCCGCCAACAAAGGAUGGGUAGUAAAACAAAUGGACAUUGUAACGGCAUUCCUUAACGGCAUCCUUGAGGAGGAGAUUUUUAUGGCGCAGCCAGAGGGGUUUGACGAUGGUAGUGGCAGAGUGUGGAAGCUGAAGAAGGCCCUCUAUGGGCUGAAGCAGGCCCCUAGGCAAUGGUACAUGAAGCUGCGCAAAGUGUUGGAGGGGAUCGGCUUCACUCCCUCAACGGCCGAUCACUCCUUGUUCAUGCUUGGCGAGGGGGAGCACAGGAGCUUCAUGGUGGUGUACGUGGAUGACAUCCUCAUCUUCUCACCCUCUUCUAACCUUGUGAAGGAGGUGAUGCUGAAGCUGCAAGAAAAGUUCAAGUGA